GCAAGAUGUGUGGUGACACAUUACAUUGUAAAGUCUCAAUAACAUACGGUAAAGAAAAUUAAAUUGAGAUAUGUCAAAUGUUAAAUAAUUAUAUUAUGCGUCAGUGAAGUGCCUUUAUUUACCGAAGGAUGGCUUGUUUGUUGCAAAUUGUUAUUUCAACAUUUAUUUUGAGUUUUCUUUUUGCAAUUGUGCAUAGUGAUACUCUGUUUAAGAAACCACUAUUCAACACAAAAACUCCUUAUUUUUGGGUAAGGAAUAUAUCGGACGUUAUUCAAGAAAACGAAUUCAGUACAGCAGUUCUCAAUGGGGAAACUUGUCAACUGGAAGGCCUGAAUAUAUUACUUAGGCAUGGUUCUCGAUUUCCUACCUUGAAAUGGAUCAAACGAAUGACAGCUUUGCAUUCUAAGCUAACAGCUAACGCAGCUAUUCUCUCGAAAUACCCGUUCAUGAAUAAGUGGACUAAUUCAUUCCCCGAGAACCAACAGGGGCUUUUAAGUACCCUUGGAGUUGAAGAAAUGAAGAUAUUAGGUAAACGAUUCGGAACCAGGUUUAAAGUAUUAUUGGACGGAAAACGGAAACAAGUGAAAUUCGCAACAUCGUUUAGAGACCGAACGAAAUCAAGUUUUAAAUACUUUUACGACGGAUUAAAUGAAGUAUCUCCAAGCAGUGGACCCGCACCUGAGGCAAAAGUAGAUAAUACGAAAACAAGGUUUUAUGAAAGAUGUUUGAAAUACGUGAAAGAAGUUGAUGAUAACGACGAGAUAUUAAAGGAAGCUAACUUAUUUGAAGCUGGUUCGAAGAUAAGUUAUAUUGUCCAGAAAGUACAGACAAAACUUGGAGCCCCCAAUAUAUCGAUAGAUUUUGAUGACGUCUUUGUGAUUCACCAAAUAUGUGCCUUUGAGCUUGGCCAGAAUGGACAGUCUGAUUGGUGCCAAUUUUUUAAUAUUGACGAUCUGCGAGUCAUAUCUUAUUGGGACGACUUAGAGGAAUACUAUAAAACGGGAUAUGGAUACCCCAUCAAUUGGCAACAGACUUGCCCUUAUACGUCUUAUCUUUUUGAACGAUUCGAAGAAGCUGUAACUAACUCUGAAAAACCAAACAGCAUCCCACCUAUUGAUAUUUUCUUUGGGCAUCAAGAUACGAUUCUACCUAUCUUCACUGCUUUUGGAUUGUUUAAGGAUUCUGAGUCAUUCACAGCAGCAAACUUUGAUGCUAAUAUCAAUCGAAAGUUCAGUACGAGUGAAAUAACGCCGUUUUCUGCAAAUAUUGCAUUUAGUUUAUACAAAUGUGAAGCAAAUGGAAAACAUGCAUUUACAAUAUUUGUUAAUGAAGAACCCGUAAAUAUACCAGCCUGUGGUGGAGCGAUAUGUUCAUAUUCCGAUGUGAAGACUUAUUACAAAGAGCUUGCUAAAUGUGACUUUGAUAAGAUUUGUGAUACCAGUUCUGCUGUGCAAUUCAAAGGAUAUACUAUUUUGUCAAUUGUCACAUUAGUUCUUAUUACAGUGAUGAUUUAA